CGGACUAUUUGCAUGUUGAAACAGGAAUCCAUGCCCUCCCACUUCAGACUGCUGAUCGAGUUCAGAUGCCUCCUGUCUUUGUCUCUCCCAGCCGGGUCUCAGAAGCCGCCCCAACAUUGAACACAAGCUAAAUGGAAGUGGGACAUUUUACAAGCAGUCUUGGGGAUUUCCACAAAGGUCGCUAUCAAAAUGUAGUAAACAAACAGUCCGGGGAGAUGGACUCUUCAGAGUUUUCCCUGCUGUCAUCACUGAAAGACGAGGUUAAACAUGAGGAUUUUGUCCGGCCUCAUUAUAAAGAGUCAUAUCGCCUGGCGAUCGAUCGUCUUAUUAAGGACGGCAGAGACAGUUAUUUUGAGUUCCUAAAAGAAGAACGUAUUGUGAGCUUCCUCUCAGAAGAUGAGAUUGUCUUCCUCACCUCUUAUGUGGAACAGCUGCCAUCCCAAAACCAGACAGAAGAAAUCAUUGACCCAACAGACAGCCACUCGUCAUCUGGGACGUACUGGCCCACUCACUCAGAUGUGGAAACGCCAAAUUUGGAUUUGGGUUGGCCACAUGUCCAGCAUGAAAAACAUCCAACUAAUAUCAAUCUGCUCUACCAUCCACCUAGACUCAAUAACCCGACCAUAAAGGAGGUGAUCCGGAAGCAUAUUCAGGAUGCAAGAACGGUCAUUGCUAUUGUGAUGGACAAGUUCACAGAUGUUGAUAUUUUCAAAGAAACUGUGGAUGCUUCUAUGCGAGGAGUGCCAGUCUACGUGUUGUUAGAUGAUGACAAUUUUAAAAGCUUCCUCAAGAUGGCAGAUGAUCACAAUAUCAAACUACAGCAGCUAAGAAACAUGAGGGUGCGCACAGUGAAAGGUCCUGACUACCUCUGUCAGUCAGGAGCCAAAUUUCAUGGAGCAAUGGAGCAGAGGUUUCUUUUAAUCGAUUGCCACACAGCAAUUUAUGGCUCGUACAGCUACUCUUGGUCUUUUGAGAAGAUCCAUCUGAGCAUGGUUCAAGUCAUCACAGGCUGGCUUGUCAAGUCCUACGAUGAGGAGUUUCGAACACUUUACGCCCGGUCGAUUGAACGAGCUGAGCUCGGUACCCCACUGGAAGGAACAAACAACAGCAGCUUUCUUGAGCAGCAUAUGUUGUCAAGACAUCAUUCUGCCCCAAAGAUUGGACGAAAUGACCAGAUGAGGCAUUCCUUGGAUGUAGUAAAUUGGAAAAGCUGUGAAAUGAAAUCUGGGAUAAGAGACAAGCUCUUUAAAGAGGAUGGUAAAUUUCUUCGUCCCAUAAUGAAGACAUCACAAUUGGAACGUGAAACCCUUGAUGAGAUGAAUUUGUCUAAAAGGCACAGUUAUGCCUGGGAAACACAGGAUGGAUGCAUCCCACAGAACAUGAGGCCUAGAGGGAGCAACUGGAAUAUCCAUAGAGACUCUAGCAUUCUACCACACAAUUACGCAAUGGAUAAUUAUUUGCAAGCACAACAAAUACGCAGAGGUCAACACAUGCGUCAGUCUUAUAACGGCCUUGAUAAACAGGUCCUUUCCAUGCAACAAAACUUGCCAACAUUGGAGAAAACUUCAAAGUCGUUCAUGCGCACAUGGAGGAUUGAAUCUUAUCUUAAAAGUCCUGACGCUCCAUCUUCAGACACAUUUCACUAUCCAGAACAGUUUGAAACCGUGGAUAAAGCUAACUCCUUCAUGCAGGGGCAGAUGCGUAACUCGAUUGCUCUCAGGUGCCCCAUACCAGAACACCUAGAGCCAAGCAGACUAAUAACCCCCCCUUCAUGCCUUCCUGGUUACUUAGCAGCACCCAGUGCUCCUCUGCAGUACAAUUCAAUGCAGUGGGAUGCUGCAGCAGCUGAGAACAGAAUGAACGCCAAUGAAAUCAUGUUAAAGCGAAAGAGCUUGCAAAUUUUAGACAACUUGGACAGCUACAGCUCAGGUAAAAACUCUCACCACUCUACAUAUUCCAGUUUAAGCAGAAGUAAACAUGGGCAGAUAAUUACAAAUCCAGACAUGUUGACAGACAGUUGGCAGAAGAGGCACAGUGUGGCUGAUCCGAGGUCAAGCAUGGAGCACCCAUAUGAAACCUCGGGUCACAUGUAUGGACAUUUUGUCAGGACAGAAGUAAACAGGAGCACUGUGGAGAUCCCUGUUCAGAAUGGUGGUUAUAAAAGAAGCAUGAAUGAAGAUCAGCGAUCUCUGUCCCACUAUGAUGUUAAGAAUAUUGCAGACAAAAAGGGCCCAAAUAUUCGUAUUUGGCACAAACCCCCAACCAGGACUGUCUCUGCAGCAGCCCUUCAUCUCAAUAACAAAGAAUUGGCAAACAAAUCCAACAGUAUGAAUUCGCAGCCCAUGCCAAAGAAUAGCUCCAAGAAAAUUCAAUCUUUGUUGAACAUACCAGAGAGGAAAGAGGAUUUCAGAACCAUGGAGACAGCAAGUCUCAAUUCUUGUGAAAGCAGUGACACCUUAACAGCUGAUGAUGACACAAGAUCAAUUCAAAGUGGAGGAAAACAUCAGCAAAGUUCAACAAGUUCUGUCAAGUCAUCACCAGAAAGCCACUUAAAGUCUGAAAAGCCACAAGUCAAAACAGAACAACAACAAGAUCACCAAGUAAACCCUCCCUCUAAGACUAGCAUACAUAAGAAACCCUCAUUAUUUGGUAGAAACACUAAGCCGGCAGCUGAGAGUCGUGUGUACAGCAGGUUUGAACCUUUCUGCUCACUUGAAAGGAAAAGCUCUCUGUUGUCUGGUUCCAAACGUACACAGUCCAAAAGCCUUCCGAGAGGUGAAGCAGCUGUCGAAGCCAGCCACAAUCAGGCAACACGAGGACACCAGGAGAACAAGCUGGAGAAAUUUUUCCACAGAGUGGGAAGUUUGUUAAAUAAGAACAAGUAGUGAGGGCUGCUUUCUUGGCACACUCAACUACAUAGGUUGCCUAUUGUUGAUGCCCAUUAGAUUGGCAAAGUUUCCCCAUGUAGCUCAAGUUUUUCAUUUUAUGUUUUACCUUUUGUAUUGAAAAAUGAUAAUAAAACAGGGUACACUGGUGUACAUUACAGAUUUCAGGGAUUUAGAAAUACCACCUCCGUCUUUGUUCUGCUAUGAAUUAAAAUGCUGUCAAAAAUAUUUGCAUUAGCAGAUGGUCGUUUUGUCAGGUCACAUAUAUGUCCUUUCUUUUACUGGAAAUGCAGGUGUGAAGGGUGAACAUACCUCACUGAUUUCUGUAUAGACUUUGUGUUCUUGAGGGUUGACAGCUGCUCCAGGUACAGACAUAAAAAAUAUAAUAGGCAUGCAAACUCAUCAGACAUCCACAGAAGCAUUUCUGACUAAUUUAUGUUUUAAAAAGGCUCACAAUACGGUGAAGUAGGGCACAAUACUGUGAGAAAGAAUGCACAUUGUGUAUUUUUCUUAAAUAAUUCUUAAUCUUCCAUUAAUUUCAUGAAAAAUCAACAGGGACUUCAGUAAUGGGAUUACUUUGUUUACAGAAUGGUGCACCUUAUUGAGUAAACUCUUUAUAUAUACGGACAUGAGAAGCAAAGAAAGAGUUACUCUUAGCUUCACUUGUGAGGUGUUGAUGACUUGGUGGACAGUUUUUAUUUCUUAGGGAAUGAAAUGAAUGUGCUCAGAGAUAAUGCACUUUUAAAUGAAUGUCUUGUUGAGGGGUGGAUGAGGGUUUGUGUGUCAAUGUAACUGUAGAGUAAACGCACUGCAGCCUGGAAAAGUUUUCUUUUAUUUUCUAUUGUGUUUAUUUAUUAUCUCAGUAAACAUAUUUCUAAUUAAUUUUGAAUGUUAGUUUAAAUGUUUUUCUUUUGGUGGCUAGUGAUUUAUAAUUUGUGGCCUCAUUAAAAAAAAUCAAUAGACAAGCAUUUUCAUUGUAGUUCACCAGUAUUUUGUUAAUUUUCUUACACGCUCCUACAUUAUUUGCUGUGAAACAUUUUAUAUUGGUGAAAUGGCUUUUUGCCCAGGGUAGCAUUUGCCUUUAGAUAACAUUUUCUCUUGUAAUGCCAUGUCAUUUGCACAUGGAAUGCGCUUUCUAUUCCCUAUUUGCCUGCUGAGUCAAUGAACAGUAGAAUAGGCUUAACUUGGAGCUUUUAAUUGUACACCAAUGGAAAAUAUUAUCACGCCUUGAUCCAACUUUAAGACAAACCUCUAGAUAAACCAAAUAACCACUGUGUUAGGCAGUGAUUUUCUUUUAAUAGAAAGUGAUACCUAGAUAUAUUAUUAUUAUUAUUAUUAUUAUUAUUAUUAUUAUUAUUAUUAUUAUUAUUAUUAUUAUUAUUAUUAUUAUUAUUAAUGUUUUAAAGUCCCUGUAGAACAUUCUUGAAUUGCAUCAACAAUUUACUUAAUAUUAAACCCAAAAUCAUUGAUAUGGCUUUUUGGUUUUGAAACUACUUUCUUUCUACUAAGAAAUAUUUUUUGUAAGACACAAGACACAGCAAAUAUGUCUCUAAAAUUAAACCAUGUCCUACAUAAAAAGUACUUUACGUGAGAAUAUGCAAUCUUUGAGAAAACAUGUUUUGACCAUGCAGAUGAUUUGAUGAGGCAUCAAAGAUUACUUUAAGAAACUAAUUCUAAACAUGUGGCCAGAAUCACAUUAAAGUGGUUUACAUCAAUGUAUAUUCAGAUUUCAGAAUAGCUCAAUAACAUUCAACACCUGAACCUAUUUUUGACAAAACUCAAAAAUUGAACUUUCAUCAUGAUUGCUAGUAAUUUACUUGCAUUUAGCACAACAGAGGCAAUUACUUCAUCUGCAGUCUUCCUGGGAAUACUCUAUGCAGAAGCAUAUCAAUAUAUUUCCCCACAUUUCUAUUUUGUCUAGCUCUGUUUCCUUAAAGCUAUUCUUAUGGUGUGUGCAAAUGAGAUUAAAAGAACCAAGAUCCCCA